AUGCAGCUUCAAACCACGUGUAAAUGCUCCAUGAAGUCAGUUCUUCACAUGAGCAUCGCGAGCAUGGUUCUUGGGCUCGCCUUGCUCAUUGCUGGAGUAGUCCCAGCUGCCUACAAUCCACCUUGCGACUGCCCAAUCCCGUCUUCAUCGCCGGCAUCAAGCUCGGGAUCCUACAGCUCCUCAGAGUACGACACUGGAUACAACAGGGGAUAUAACAGGGGAUAUAACCGGGGAUACAACGGGGGGUACGACAGCACCUUCAGGUCAAGCUAUAACAAUGCCUACAACUACGGGUACAACAAUGGAUACAACAGAGGCUUCUACAACUACGGAUAUACCUCAGCCUACAGCAGUGUCUCCAACGGAUACUCCUCUGCCUCUUACUACAGCAGUCUGUAUACUUCUGUUUAUUACUCGGGAUUCAACUCGGGAUACAGCUGGAGUGACUUGUCGGGUCAGAGCUACACUUACACCUCAGGAUACAACUCGGGAUACAACUCGGGAUACAACAAGGGGUAUGACCAGGGAGACUCGUUGACUACCUACACGCUAGGGUAUAACUCGGGAUAUGAUGCAGGUUUCAACUCGGGAUACAACACCGGGAAUAAUGCUUAUAUAUACUCGCGGUCUUACACCAAUGGAUACAACUUGGGCUACUACGAUAGCGCGAAAGCUUCCAUCGCGUACAGCUCGGACUACAACAGAGAUUUGAUGAUCGGGUACAACUCGGGGUACAACUCGGGGUACAACUCGGGGUACUACGGCGGCUCCUACUCAUCAUCUACUUCUAGCUCAAGCUCAUACAGCAGCAGCAGCUCGUAUUCGUACUACGAAUAUCCAUAUGAUUGUAAACAAGACAAAAGCGAUGCAGAGGCUGUGCUGGUGUUUCUGGGGGUCUGGGGAAUCGUUCCUGGUAUCUUCGUGUCUGUCUUCGGAGCCGUCGGCAUCGCGACCAGCAAGUACCGAACCAAGCUAUGGGGAGGCUUUCACCUUGCGUACCUGAUUAUCAGCAUCCUCGUGUUGUUGUCAGGAAUAGUACUUUCUAUCUUGUUGGGGAUUGAAGCGCCCUGGAUUUGUGAGGAGUAUGAUAGGUAUGCGGGCACCAAGUUCUGUCCGACGUUGACUGGCAGCGCCUGGGCAAUCUUUGUGUUCAGUUUCCUGCUCUUCAUCGUUCAGCUGACGUGCUCUAUCAUCGUGUGCAUGCUCUGCUGUCAGCCUGACGAAUGGAUGGAUAACAAUCUAAAUCAACCUGCCCACCCGGUGUCGGGUAUCCCGGUGAUGCCCGUGGCAAGACCAAUCGAAGUCGUUCCCCAACAAGCGCCAGCACCUCUCGAUUUGCUGUUGGGAGGUAAUGCAGGCAGCCAAGUGCAAGGGAGAAGUGAGAGAAAUGAGUUUGCGGUUGACUCAGAAGGUGCGCGAGUUGCAUGGGACCAGUGA